UGGGACACCUCUGAGCCUGGGCUCAGCCCCCUCCCCCAGAAACUGCAUCCUGACUGCUGCGACGAGGUCUUGGAAAAGUUUCUAGAGAGUUACUGAAGGACAGAAUAUUUAUCAGGAGUGAUUAAAGAAAAUGGAUCCAGGCUUAUUAAAUGCAUUUACACAGCCUUCUACACUUGAUCGGUUCUUAACUGAGGAUGUCUUCACUAAAGGUGAGAAGAGGAAACUCAUAAAACAGACCUCAAACAACCCCAAACUGGAAGAAUUGAAACUGUUCUUGACUGAGUGGAUUAACACAACUCUGAAAGAGGAACACAUAGUAGUUAAAAGUCUGGAGGAAGACCUGUAUGAUGGGCUGGUACUUCAUCAUCUCCUGGAAAACUUAGGAUCUCUCAAGCUGGAUGUUGACAAGAUUGCAUUAACGGAAAAAAAACAGCGACAGAAACUCUCUGUGAUUCUGGAAGCUGUGGCCAAGUGUUUGCAACUGGAAGAAAGUCAGCUGAAAUGGAGUGUGGAAUCUAUCUUGGCAAAGGACUUACUGAGCACACUGCAUCUUCUGGUUGCAAUAGCAAAGCACUUCGACCCCAGCCUGGCUCUGCCUCCAAAUGUUCAAGUGGAGACAAUCACCAUCGAGAACACCUCCAGAGGAUUAAAGACAUCAAAUGCAGUGGAAUAUAUCACAAAACACAAAGAGAAUACAGAAGCGCAGUCAAAAAAUGAUGCCUUUGAUGAAUUAUUUAGCUGUGCUCCAGAUAAAGUGGAUGCUGUAAAAAAGGCACUUUUAGAAUUUGCUGACCAGCAUGUUGGAAAAUUAGGAUUAAAUGUGAAAGACAUCGAAUCUCAGUUUUCAGAUGGGGUUAUCUUACUUCUCUUAAUUGGACAACUAGAGGGUUACUUUCUGAAUUUAAGGAAUUUCUUCCUGACUCCGGCCAGCACCAUGGAGAUGCUCCACAAUGUUAACCUGGCAUUGGAGUUGCUAGCAGAGGGAGGUCUUCUGAAUUUUCCUGUGAACUCUGAAGAUAUUGUGAACGGAGAUACGAAGGCUAUAAUGCGAGUUCUGUACUGCUUGUACUCCAAAUAUGGAACCAAAGAAGCAUGAAGAACGAUGCCAAGAGCUUGAGAUGCCUUUUUUUUUUUCCAAUAGCACACCACAGUGUGAUUUUUUUGGCUUCCCAGCUCUGUUUGUCAUUGUUUCUGAGCAUGUACUGGUGUUUGACACUUGCUGUAUUAACAUUGUAUAGCAAAUAUGUUGUUCAUGCAAGGUUUCACAUACACAACCUAAACAACUGUAAAUGUAUGUCCACAGCUCAUGUACUGCGUAAUUCUAGGGCUGUAGCUUUUGUUCCACAUCCUGCCUUCUGUUUUCUCUGAGCCCCGCCAAUGCUGCAGAGAAAUUAAAUGUGUGUUUAUUCUGG